ACCGACUGACGUCACCGUUAAAGCGAAAAGAACCGUUACUUGGUUGCUGAAACUCUACAACUGCACUGGAAGGAGGAUAUGGCUGAAUACCAGCGUACUCUUGAUUAAAUCGCCUGGGGGGCAAGUUUCCAGUCUAAUGUUAAUGGUGAUGCUCUAAAAGUGACCACAGAGGUACUUUUGAGUGGCGCUUCCCUGCCCGUUUGGAUCGGGAUGUUCUCCAAUUGUGGGGUAUCUGCUUGAAAAGUUGACACAUACAGUGUGGACUGCUCGCUCAGCUGUAGAACAAGGCUUGCCUAGGAGGAUAGGGGAUAACCUUUCAGAAGCUUCUGGAGUUUGCUCGCAUGAGUAGAAGAGCUUCUGGCAGCGCACUCACCAGAAAUAUACAGUUAGACAGUCUUAGCUUAGCUGGGCUUUAUAAUGAGCAACUUUUCUGGAUUUGAUAGUCCAACUGGGAGAAUGCGCCAUCAAUCUUUAAUGGAGCGUGUGCAUGUGCAUAGACUGUAGGAUAGCAACAGUAGGAUGAGCUGCCCCAGAGCCAUCGCAGUCUGCGGAGACUGACACACACCGCUACAAAUACGGCAGUCGAUGCUGUCUUCCAGAGGCUCUCCCUCUCCUUGGCUCAGAAACCAGCAGCAGCAGCAGUAUGUCCCGUGUCUCCUCCACCGCAAAGCGCUACGCUGGCCCCUCCUACACCAGCCACUACAGCUCCUACAGCUCCUCCCUAACCCCGGGCCUUAGCUCCUACAGCGAGCGGGACAGGCUGUCCUCCUACAAGUCCACCUCCUCCUCCUCUUCAUCCUCCUCCUCAGGUUACUUAUCCUCUAGCUAUCUGAGCAGCGCCACCGUCCGCAGCCGCAACUACAGCACCUCCUCGGACCCUGAGCGUGACCGGGGUCGAACCAUCCCUCGCACUGACAUCCUUGGCAGCAGCAGCAGCCGCCGGAGUGAGAGCCUCAGCAGAACCCCGGUCAAGAGCUAUGGAGGGUCAGGGCUAAGCGGAGGGUCAGCCUACACUGGUUAUAGCUCCUACGCUUCAUCCCCAGCCCAGUCCAGCUACCUCUCCUCUUCACCGGUGGCUUCCAGCAUCUCGCUCAGUCGACGAAAAUCUGUAUCCCAGAGUGACCUGAGCAGGGACCUGGCCUCUCUGAGCCUCAAUGAUGCCUCCUCCUCCUCCUCAACCCCUUCUUCAUCCACCAGUGCCCUGCGGAGCUACCGCAGUCGGACCAGUGAUGUGGCUGACUCGUACGGCAGUAGCUCCCGACCCGGCUACUCAGGCCCGUCCCGAAGCACUACUCAGGAGACCCUGUCACGGAGCUCCACCCAGGAGGCCUUCAGCAGCAGCAGAGCAUUCAGCUCUUCAGCAUGGGAGCCAAGCAGUAACCAGCUGUCCCAUUCCCCAACGAGGGACUCUACGAAUUCAAAGAGCGCCCAAGGCCUGGUGGGACUGAAGAAUUUAGGAAACACUUGUUUCAUGAACAGUAUCCUGCAGUGUCUCAGCAACACACAAAGCCUGCGAGACUACUGCCUGCACAACUCCCACCGCAGAGACCUUAACAACAACAGCCGCACUAACACAGCCCUCAUGGAAGAAUUUGCCAAGCUGAUACAGACCAUGUGGACAUCAUCCAGCAGUGAGGCUGUCAGCCCGUCUGAAUUCAAAACACAGAUCCAGAGAUAUGCUCCCAGAUUUGUGGGAUACAACCAACAGGAUGCUCAGGAGUUCCUGCGCUUCCUCCUGGACGGCCUGCACAACGAGGUCAACAGGGUCACUGUGAGGCCGAGAGGCACUGUGGAGGACUUCGACCACCUGCCAGAUGAGGAGAAAGGCAAGAAGAUGUGGAGUAAAUACCUGGAGCGAGAGGACAGUAAGAUAGUAGACCUGUUUGUGGGGCAGCUGAAGAGCUCUUUGACCUGCAGCCACUGUGGUUUCUGCUCCACUGUCUUCGACCCCUUCUGGGAUCUCUCUCUGCCUAUCGCCAAGAAGGGCUAUGGUGAGGUGAGUCUGAUGGACUGCAUGCGACUCUUCACCAAAGAAGACGUCCUUGAUGGGGAUGAAAAGCCGACGUGCUACAGAUGUAAAGCCAGGAGGAGAUGCACUAAAAAGUUCACAAUACAGAAAUUCCCCAAGAUUUUAGUGCUGCACCUUAAGCGCUUCUCUGAGGCACGAAGAACCAGCAAACUGUCCACAUUUGUUAACUUCCCCAUGAAGGAUCUUGACCUGCGGGAGUUUGCCUCUGAAAACAGCAUAAAUGCAGUGUACAACCUAUACGCAGUGUCCAACCACUCAGGCACCACUAUGGGCGGCCACUACACAGCCUACUGUCGCAAUCCCAGCUCGGGAGAAUGGUACACGUUCAAUGACUCCAGAGUAACGCCAAUGUCCUCCAGCCAAGUGCGCAGCAGCGACGCCUACGUCUUGUUCUACGAGCUGGCUUGCUCCUCGCGGAUGUGAAGCGUCGUAGAGGAGGGCAGGCCACAGCACCACUCUGACUCACAGACAGACACUGGACGGAUGGACACGCAACACAUGAGAGUGCUGUUGGAGCCUGGCCUGUUUGGAAAUUUUAAGUGGACAUACAUUACAUGGCUCACACAAACACACACACACACAUCACUUCGCAGAGAUUGCUGGAUGGGGGGACAGGCUGGAAACCACUGGCUUUUUUAAUUCUGCUCUCCGUUUGUACUCCCACAUGUUGCUGGUUGUGGGUGGAUGUGCGUUUACUCUGUGUAUGUGUGCGUGUGUGUGUGUUUGACAGAGGGCAAUAAUCCCAUCUGAUUGAACCAA